AUGGGCCCGCUCUAUGUGUACAUAAUUAUGUCUCUUAUGGUAGUCAAGGUCGGAUCCACAGCAGCCUUAUAUCAACAGCAGCAGCAGCAGCAGUUACUCAACUACAUUGAGUCAGCAGAGGAGUCCGAAACAACGCCCAGCACGGAAAGUGACAACUCAGCGGAACGUCUAAACAUUGAGAAGAUGCGUGCCAAGUUACAACAAUUGCAGCACGAGCAGCAGCAACAAUAUCGUCUGCAGCAGCAACAGAUGCAACUGCAUUUACAGCAAAUGCAUCAUCAGAUGCACGAUGUAGGUGGUGCUAAUGGUGGUGUUGCUGCUGCUGGCGAAACUGCGUACUUAUUGGAGCGUGCAGACGACGUUGCGCCCAUUUACGGAACAUGGCGCACGAAAGCGAGACGACCUCAGCUGCAGCACGCAACUUCAGUACAGCUCAACGCGCCUGGUAACGAUGGUAUCGAUGAUGAUCAUCAUCUGUAUGAGCGCCUGCCCAAACGAUCCGUCACUGCAACGCCACAGCUGCGCGAUCAGCUGUCUCGCCCACCACGCCUCUCCACGCAACGUCCACCCUCCGUGGCGCUGCUGCGUCGCCAGUUCUCGGAGACCCCUGGCUCGUUGGCGCUUCGCGAGGAUUUCAAACCGAAACCCUUUCACUUUCCCUACGAAGGGCCGCUGCCCGAACAGUUUAAGAAGGGCGAAGCGCUGAACAACAUCCAGGACAUACUGCACAAUCUGCACAUCAAUAGCAUGAUGCCCAGCAAGUUGCCAGGAAAGCUGGGUAUGCAUGGUAUGCAGGGUAUGCAGGCUCCCUCGCUAGUCAUGAUGCCCUCUGGGCUGCACAUCGCAGGCAGUUACAAGAACUUGAAGUCCAGCGGUAUCGCGAAUUUUUUUCGGGGCAAGCGCAAUAAGAAGCAGAUGCAGUUUAGCAUUCCCCUGCCCAUGUUUCCCAUGGGAAUGUCCAUGCCACUUUAUGGUGGUGCAACGCCUCAGCGCGUAGCUAUUGAGCAGCUGUAUCCUUAUAAGCCACGCUCGCCACAGGACAUAAAUCUAUUGGCUCUCCAGCAGCCGCCGUCGAGCAAACCCAGCUCCAAAAAGAAGCACAAUAAACAGCAGCAGCAACAAGAGCAGAGCAACUAUAACAUGCUGCUGGAGCAUGGUAGCCACCAGCAGCAUUUUGUGGCCGAUCCAUUUCUACAGAGUUUUCCACCCAUCAUUGCGUUGAAUGCCACCCGACAGCCGAAACAUAAGCGCAUACCCUUCAAGGUUAACCUGGAUAUAUAUCCGGUAUUGCCCCCUUCGCGGCCUACGUCGAUGCUGCGCAAUCCAUUUCAGAGCGAUGCUCUAACCGCAUCCACGGUACCUGCUUAUGCGCAGCCGCAGCUGCAUCAUGGAAUGCAGCACGGCCUCUAUCAGACACCCUUCAAGUUUCCCACACAGUCCCCUAGUCACCUGCCCAUGAUAUUCCCGGAUCAGGCCACACACUACAGUCAGCAGCAGGCACUCUAUCAAGCCCAAAAGUUUGCCCAGUUGCCUCAGCAAAACGUGGUCGCCGAUGAUUGUAUCUAUGGCCAGCAGUCCAAUAGCAAUUCCAAUUCCCAUAGUGCAACAGCAGAAACGCACGCCAAUCAGAUAAUGCUGCAUCUAAAUGUUUUCCCCAAACAGAAGCCGACGGCAACAGUGCGCACCUCCACUAAUCCGUUCUAUAAUCAUAAUUACAACAAUUAUAAUGCUGGCUUGCAGCGUAACUCAUUCAUUCCCAGUGAGCGGGAGCAGCCACUGCCUAAGCCACCCAGUCCUAUUGAGCCACGGCAGGUGGCAGCCCAGGCUCAGUCGCAGACAGGCAACAUUUCACUGACUGCUGCAUCCACAUCGGCAACUCAGUUGCAGCAGAAUCAAACGAAUAAUUCUAUUUCACGAAGCGAUAACCUGUCGCUUAUUGACUUUGAACAUCCUAUCGUGGCGGCUGAGGUGUCACAGUUGCCUCAACUGCCGCGUCCUGCUGCACUUACUGGCAAUCCCCCAUCAAUUCCAGGUCGCUACAGCGUUCUUGGCGAUCACUUUCGCUACCACAAGAAUCCACACAUCGAUCAAUUGGCCGCCGAGGCUCAAACGGCUUCGCUCUUUCGCUUUCCCGUUGAGGAUCUAAUACAGUUCCAGGUGGACGAUGCGCUAUAA